AAGCCAGUUACUAACAUAUUUUUUAAACGCAUUACUUUUCAGGAUUCUAAAGGGAGCCCGGAUGGUUCAGCUAGUCCUGCUUUCCUCAUCACAGUUCACCUGACUGAGGGAUGUGAUCUAGCAAUCCGAGAUAUAACAGGAAGCAGUGACCCAUACGUCAAGUUCAGGCAUGGCAAAAAGCUGGUGUACCGUAGCAGAACAAUUUUUCAGAAUUUGAAUCCGUACUGGAACGAACGAUUUACGUUCCUGAUCGACGACAUCUCUUGUCCCCUGGAUAUUCUGUGUUUUCCUGCCAAGGUGUACGAUUACGACCGUUUCGCGGCGGACGAUUACAUGGGAGGUGCUUCGCUAUAUUUGGAUCAACUGGAUCAGCGCAAGUCUAUAGAUAUGAAGGUGCUGCUGGAUGACAAAAACAGCGACGGCUACAUGGGAUACCUUGUUAUCCAGAUCUGCGCUUCGCCGAUAACCGAAACUGAAAAGAAACAGAUCAUUUACCGAAAUUCUCAAAAUAUGUUGGAAUCAUCUGCUGGCAGAAAGACACCAAAGCGUAAAUUACAUUACAAAUUGGUAGCAGUGCCACGUGAAAAUGAUAUUGCCCUUUCAGUAGGUCAAAUAUGGAAUUCCGUUGUGAACAUUAUUUUGGUCAAAGCGCAAAAUCUACUGCCUGUCAGUCAAUUCCCAGACUUCUUGCCUGACGUGUUUGCCAAGUUUAAGUUGGGAAUGGAGAAGUACAAAAGCAAGACAGUAAGUCGCACCUUAGACCCGGUGUGGCUAGAACAGUUCGACCUUCAUCUUUUCGAUGACGUGAAACGGCCCAACUUAGAAAUUACUUUGUUUGACAAAAGAAAAGACCUGUUUAUGGGGAGAUGUAUAAUAGACUUGAAUUUGCUUGAAUGUGAAGUGACCCACCAACAGUGGUUCGAACUAGAGGACAGCGCUGGUCAAAUUCUGCUUCUCAUAACGAUUACGGGUUGUAACAAUUCCACCUCCAUUCCAGACAUUUCUGCUAACUUCAACGUACCUUCAGAAGAAGUUCUGCGGAACAAAUACUCUACAGAGCGAAGGCGCUGGCGGCGGCUGACAUCGGAGGCAAAAGCGACCCAUUUUGCGUUCUCGAGCUAUCCAAUACUCACCUACGAACACACACCGAACGUUACGGAUAUUCAUUCUGUGCUCGAGGUCACGGUUUACGACGAGGAUGCGAACAACAGAGUUGAAUUUCUCGGUAAAGUCGUGAUCCCAUUGCUUGAGAUAGAAAACGGUGAGAGACGAUGGUAUGAGCUGAAGAACAUCAAACUGUCAUCGCCGGCCAAAGGUCAGAUCGAGCUUGAAAUGUUCAUCUACUGGAACCCGAUUCGGGCCGGCAUCAGAACCUUCCAGCCAAAGGAGAAGAAAUUCAUGAUCCAGGACGAACGGUUCAAGAGGCAGAUAUUCAUGCACAACGUAUCCAGACUCAGGACGUUGGUACUCUCGUUGAUGGUCAAUGUCGCCGCUGUGCAAAAACUCCUGUCAUGGGAAAAACCUGUCCAUUCGCUGUUGUCGCUGAUCGUCUUUGUAGCAGCUACAUAUUUCUUCGAAAUUUACAUGAUUCCUUUAGCACUGCUGUGCGUUUUUGCUAAUGCGUACAUUUGCAAAUACGUUUACCAGCGUAGCGGAAGUAUCGACAAGAAAAGCAACGUAAUAAUGAGGUUAGGAGUUAGCGAUGAGAUUAUUAAUAGAGAAUUCUUAGGCGCAUUUGCCAGAAGAAGAAGAAGAAGACGAAGUGAACAGGAGUAUUCACAAGCGUUUGGUAGCGGCUCAAGACACCAUGGCAAUGGUACAACAAUCCCUGGGCUACAUAGCAGGGCUGUGGGAAAGGACCAGAAAUACAUUCAACUUUACACGACCGUUUCUAUCUUGGCUGGCUAUUUUCGUGCUGUCAGUGGCGUUCGUGUUAACAAGUUUACAAAAAAGCUAAGAUGUCCAAAUGUCAUUCCAAACAACGAACUGCUGGAUUUCUUGUCACGGGUACCUUCGGACGAUGAAAUCGACUGUUCUCCUGCGACUUUAAAGCAGCAAGAAGGUCACUGA